AUGCUUCCCCCUCGUGCAUACUUCUUCAUCGGCCUUAACGGCGUCCGCAUCCUCAGUAUCAUUGCGAUGCUGCUCGUCUUUGCAAGCGGCAUCUUUGUGCUCGUCAGCGACAUCCAAGCGGUCAACCGCUCCAUGAAAGCGCCGGACACCGAUAUGACGGACUGCGACUACAUCGAAGGGAGCACGGUCCCCAACCAACCCGCGGGCGUCUUCUGGGCGGUCGUCAACCGGUUGUUCAUCAUCUUCCAAGUCGUCGUGCUCAUCCUCUCCGAGAUCGGCUGGCCCGCCGCCUUCUUCGACCGCUUCUUCCCCGUGCUCGGGCCCACGUUCGGCCUCGGCGCGCUCGGCAUCUUCCAGUGCCUCAUCGGCGCGACCGUGCUCUCGCACCACGUCGACGACUUCACGCUCGUCGCCGCCUUCUUCCUCUUCGCGCUCGGCUGCCUCAACAUGCUCCUCGGCCUCGUCUUCCGCGAGAAGGCCAAGGAGAAGCGCUCGAUCAUGUCCUGGCGCGCGGAGGCGAAGGGCGUGCUCCCGAGCCACCGCGACAUGCGCCCGACGUUCGCGCGCCCCGCGUCCGCGUCGUUCGUGAACAGUAUGUUCAAGGGCGGCAAUGACAGGGCGCAGCCGGAGGAGUUUGGCCAGAAGGGGCAUGGCUUCGGUCGCCAGGGUGAGAAGGCUGCAGGUCUCAAAGGUUUCUUGAUCUCGAAGCCCCUCGAGAGCCUGCCGCGCUACGCGCCGCCCCCGCCUCGUUCCGAUAGCUCUCGUGCUGGCACGCCAGAGCCCACGUUCAAGUCCAGCGCUACGGCCAUCUAAGCAACGGCCUCGCGGCGGACACGAUGACUCACGACCACCGGACAUCGCAUGUCUGACUCUCGCUGAUCCUUGUCUCCCACACCACUGUAUCGUUAUAACUCUAUCGCCUGUAGAACGGACUGUAUCUUACAUGUAGACUAGUGUUGGGUAAUAUGAGGAUGCGGGCGAGAUGCCUCGCUGUGAACAGAUAUAAGGUGUACCGUGUACAGUCAGUCCGAGAGAUCCAUAUCCUCUUCGCUCUCCUGGUCGCAAUCUGAUGGGUCGGUCGUGGGCAUGUGGCUGACCUGACUAUGAAGAAACGGCGUAGACGGCGGAGGUGGAGGAGCGUAUGUGGUUGGAGGCAGAGGCGGCGGACUUGAGCUCGGGGGAGGAGGCGCAGGUGGAGGUGAUGCGGCGGGCUCCGGCGGCGGAUGGUUGGCAUGACCAAGCGGAGGCGCGACACCAGCAACGAUGCUUUCCCAGAGAGCCUGGCGUUCAACUGAGAACGUCGAGCCGUCAGGGGGAGAAGAGCGACCAUUCACGCCCGCCUGAGGUUGGAGCCCUGGGCACACCGGUAGCUUAGACCACAAGAAGUACGUGUUUGGAUACGUUGCCCAGCGCUUUGGGGUUUCGGUCUGUGCGUCAUCGUCGACCGAGCUUUCCUUGACAUCGUAUACUGCAUCCGCUGAAUGGAGCUUCAGCAGCUCUUCUCCAUCUGAGACGAUCAUGAAGUCGCACUCUUCGUCAGCUUCGCCGUCAGCGUCUGUUAGAAAUUCCCAGACGCGUUUGCGGGGAUCGUGUGGGCUGAUCCAGCCAGGAGGGUAGCCCCAGCAGGAUAUCUUUGACAGCCAAGGGACACGUUCUCCGGGAUCGCCGUCGCGCAGUCCCAGAGCGUCCCGGAGGAGAGGACCCUUGAUCUCGCCGGGUUCGAAUUCGUCGAGCCAUUGAAGCCUUUGGUUGCGCCACUCGACGACUUCGUGAACUCGCAUAUUUCGUCCGGGGCCAGACUUGUGGAAGAAGUUGUACUUUUGUCUUGAGAGCGCGACGACGUCGUGAUCGAUGCGCUGGGGACAGGCGGAGACGAUGUGGCCUGGCGUUCCACAGUUGAAGCAGCGUUGGACGUACGAUGAAAGCCCAUCCUCCUCUUCAGCAACGUCGCCCAGAACCUCUUCGUGGUGGCGAAGAUACCACGGGGGCGAGCUGAGCGGGCCAUCCUCGAUGUACUCCGCGAGGCCGACUAGUCCGCCUUCGUCCACGGCGAACUCUCCCACGUAUCCAGCGCCUGGUUCACCGUCUGCGCGUCCCAGCGCCCCUUCGCCACCUCCCGGCCCUCGAUGUGCAGCGCCGGGAUCCAGUAGACAUACUUGCGCUUCCAGCGUUCCUGGCCCGGGUCCUGUAUGUUGAUCGUCUGGAGCUCGAACGGGCGGUUCUGCCUGACUUUGGCAAGCUCCGCCUUCGCUGUAUCGCACAGAGAGCACUGUGGGCCUGAAAAAAGGGUAAGACGGGCUAUUCGACCGACACCGCUGCGGGCUGCCAUACGAGGACAC